GCUCUCCGAACUCAUUUUGGCUCUCGGUCGCAACAGACGAUAGAGCUAAGCUGGUGGAUGCAAGACACUCAAGACACCUUCUACAGGUCGAAAUUUUCACAAAAAGAGCGGUAUCAGGCGGCACCGCAGCAGUCCUAGCUCACAUGGAGGCCUCACUACAUGUAGUGCAGUGCGCUCGCGGCGUUGCGGAGCUCAGGCGCCAGAAUGUGACACCCGCGAAAUUGCGCGGCCUCAAGGUGGCUUUACGUAGACAGAAUUGUGCGACCAUUGACGGCGACGCGCUGCAAAAAGCACUCGCGACACAGAACUUGCGGAUGAAUGACGCGAACGCUGCAGCGUUCAUUAGGGAGGCGGCGAGGCGGGCCGCGAACAACGAGGAGGGCGCGCCGACGGACGCGCCUUUAAUAGGUGUCCUCACUUUGCUCGCGGACCUCUUCGCGCCCGGUUCACAAGCGCCGGCGGCGGCUCCGGCCACCGUGGCGCCAUCGGUGGUCGUCGGCGCCGCAACCGAGGAAGCGGAGCGCGCGCAAGCGCCGUCCGCCGACUCAGCUUCGCCACCACCUCCCGCGCCUGUGGAAGACGUGCGCACGGAAGUCGAGCGACUUAUAAACUCAUUGCGUUCCAGGCAGGGUGCAGGGAAACCCGCUACCACAAAAGCCGUUAAGGCUUUGGGCCAAAUCGCCAAGACAUCCGCCAAUCGUGCCUUGAUUACCGACGCCGGUGGCAUCGGGGCUCUCUUGUCGGUAGUGACGAACGACGGUGGUAUUGAUUUAAAGCGGCGCGCCGUGGGAAUAUUAGGGCAACUCGCCAGUGGGAAUAAACUCGCCUGCGACGCUAUUAAGAAGGCCGGCUGCAUCUCGCCGCUCCUUGAAUUCGUGACAACUGCCGGGAAUCUCGGUGAGAACGAUGAAGACGGGGGGCAGAAACUCCGUCUCGCGGCAGCCGCCUCAAAGGCGUUGGUGGUCAUUGCUGGCGACGACGGCGCCACUCGUGCCACCAUUAGUGAGGCGCUCGUAGUAUUAUUUUCAACCACGUCGCCCCCUACUCAGACUCAGGCUUUGCAGGCCUUGGGUGCGUUCGUCAGAAAAGCCGCCAAUUGUGACGCCAUCGUCGAGACCGGUGCCAUCCCGCGGCUCGUGGAAAUCGUGGCGAACGGCUCGGAGAUUGGCCAGAGAUCUGCUGCAAAGGUGUUGGCUAGAAUCGCCUACGAUGCCCGCAAGAGUGCCGUGAUCAUCGCCGCCGGCGCUCUCUCGCCGCUCGUGACAGUACUGAGGAACGGCAAGGCCGACGACAAGGCGGCUGCCGCUCACGCAUUGCGGUCUCUCGCCCACGACCAUGAAUCCAAGGCUGCGAUCAUCGCAGCCGGCGCUAUCGAGCCGCUCGACGGAAUGCAGAAAUACGGCACCCCCACCUGCAAGCAGGAGGCCGCGAAGACGUUGCAUGCGCUUGGCGAACGGGUACUAGACGGAGGAUGCCGGUCGCAACUGAGGGAUGAGAACGCGACGCUCAAGCGCAAACUCGAGCACUACGAGCCCAAGGUGGUCGAUCUGACUCAGGACGACGACGCUGGCGACGACGCCGCGCCGCCGCCCGUCGAAAACGAGCUGCUCACACAACACGCGCGGGCGACGAGCGAGCGCCUGGUCGCGGUCAAGCAGGAGGCGGCGGACGAACGCGAGCGGGCCGACUUCCAGGGGACGAACGCGAUGUAUCUCACGGCACAGAAGAGCGAGCUCCAGCGACUCGUGAGCGACGCCGCGAGGGCGCUCAUCGAGGCGGACGUCCCCACGCACGAAUGCCCGGAUGACAAGACGCCCUUCUACUAUAUGCUCGAGUCGCACCGCGACGACGGCAAGCAGACGGUACCCUGGAACCCCGAAGCCGGCCGCGCCAUGACGCUGGCCGAGGGGAUCGCGUGGCUCCGGAACAACCCGCCAUCCAAAAAGCGCCGGACGAGGCGCCCGGAGUCCGAUCGCCUCACUGACAGUCUCAGUAGCUCGAGCGUCCCACGCCGCGCGGCGGCGGGCGGGCGACGCGCCUGAGGACCUGAUCGGCGCGGCCGCUGAUGGCAGCAAGGCCGCGUGCAUAAACACAAGUCCCCACGCC